AUGUCGACGUGCUUGCUGAAGGUCAGUGAAGAUGACAUCUUCAACACGGUGUUAUUCGUGUUCAAGCACGACCGUGCCUACGACAUACGGACAACAGUAGACGAACAGGGUGCCCGGACAGUGUCGAUUGUGUGCAGGGCCGGCGAGAAAGAGUCCCUGGGCAGGAUUGAUUGGCGAGAGAAAGCCUUCAUGGUCUAUGGGAUUGAGGUCCCAUGGAGAUGCUCGAAGCGGAAGGAGUCCACGCUUGGUUCCUCGCGAAAUUGGAGAUGGGGCAAGAAGGAGUAUCUCGUCACCGGAGAUGGCAAGAGAACAGUGAACGCGAUAGACGUCAAGGACGACAGUGUCGCAGGAACAUACGCGCCACCUCAAAGACAUUUGUUCCGUCAAAACGAGUCAGCACGGAUCGAGACGGCCUACACCGCCUACGACGAACAGACUGUCUUCCUCCUCUUGGUCAUUCUGCACAACCUAUCGAAGCGAUGA